AUGUGGGAUUUUUACUACGCUGUGAAAAAGAACAAUGAGGAUUACUACAAACAGGAAUGCCUCACGCUGCUGCAGAGUUAUUUUGAAAAAAUUAAUUCUCCUUUCUGCAUAGACAAUAACAACGUGUCUGUGAAGAAGAAAAAGAACAACAACAACAGCUACUACUACUACAACACUAUUAUGAACAAAAUUUAUUUGAAAUACUUCGAAAACACCGUUAUUUACACCUUUCUUUUUUCGUUCGUAUUGCAUAAUAUUAAUACAAAGGAGUACACCUUGAAGAACUACCUUUUUGCUGCCAAGGACAUCCUCAGGAGCGUGUACUCGAACUGCCUCAUCAAUGCGAUGUUGCUCGUCCAAAAAGCAAUCACGCAGAAUGUGAGCAUGCGAAGAGAUGAUCGAUCCUGCGUUAUUGCGGCUUUCCUCUUCAACCAGCUAAACUCCUUCGCCUUUUCCGCCUCUCUGUACAAGUGCAAAUAUGCGCUGGUCCCCCUGCUGUUCUCGCAAAUCGUGAAGGACAACUUUUUCCUCUGA